AUGCGGGUCAGAGGCGCCGUGGCGGGCUCGCAGCAGCACUCCCGAGUGCGGGUGGUCCAAUGCCAUGCACGACGUUCUCGUCCCACCAGCAACCCUGGUGGUGGCCUUAUCAUUAGUCCGGGGGGCAAUCCCCAGCAGGGCCGCGCGCCAUCCGGCGGCCCGGGCCUCAUCCUGCCCGGCCAGGCGGGCCCUGGCGGCCGCAGCGGCGCACAGCGCCUGAUGCUCCCCAACGACCGCCCCGCCAGCCCCGGCCCCGCCGCGCCCGGCGCGCCGCCCGGCGACCGCCCGCUGCCCAACCGAUACCGCCCGCCGCCCGGCUUCAUGGACGGCGCGCCCGACGCCGGCGCGCCCGCGGGCCCCGCGCUGAGCGACGACGAGAUGAUCUCCAAGCUGCGCUCCCGCGCCGGCCACUGGUUCCAGCUCGCCAAGAUCAUCCCGGCCCUCAACGCCAAGGGCUACGACUCCACCACCCUGGACGAGCUCACGGGCAUCACGCCUCUGGAGCAGAACCUCUGGCUCGUUGCGUCCACGGUAUACGACUCGCUGGCCGCGAGCGCCGAGGCGGCCGAGGCGCCCGGCCUGCUGCAGCAUUUUGAGGCGGGCGGGGAGUCGCUGCUGUACCACUUCAGGUUCCUGCCCGCGGAGCGGCGCGUCGACGCGGCGCAGCACAUCGCCGCGAACGACCUGUCCGCCGCGGAGUGCGAGGUGCUGGCCCGCGCCAUGAAGGAGUGGGACCGGCGGCCGGGGGAGAGGCAGGGGUUCCGCAACACCGCCCCGGACUGCCUCGCCUUCAAAUACAUGCGCGACGCCAUCGAGUGCCGCUUUGCGGAGGAUGCGUACGCAAAGCUGGACCAGGCCGCCGCGGUCGCCGCCAGCGACGGCGCGCGCGCGCGCGUCGCGGCGGCGCGGCGCGAGAUAGAGGAGGCGGAGGCGGCGAAGGCGGGCGGCUCGUCGGCGCUGUCCAGCAACAUCAUGCUGACGCUGCUGCGGCUGUCGCCGGACGAGCUCGGCGUCAGGCCGCUGCCGCAGCUCUCGGACCUUGGGGUGGCAACCGCCGAUGACCUGGCGGCCGCGCCGUCGGCCAGCCAGGAGGGCGCCUUUGGCACCUUCACCAUCUCCGCAUCCGCCGGCGCCGGCACGGCGCCGCACAAGUGGGUCGCGCUGCCGCAGUGGAAGGCGCUCUCGCUCGCGCGGCGGCCGGCGGCGCUGCCCGUGCCGGACUGCAGCCGCAACGCGGCGGUGGUGGCGGCGAGCCAGUGCAAGAGCGACGAUGACAAGAAGCGCAUGGUGGGGCCGGGGCUGCUCGUGGUGGAUGCUCACGUUGAGGGGGAGCUUGACCCACGGGCAUACUACCUGGCCCCCGCCGGCGAGCGCGGCGCCCUGCAGCUGGUGGACGGCGCGGCCGCGGCCGCGCGCGGCGGCGGCGUGGCCGCGGCGGUGCUGUUCCUCGCGCGGCCGCCGGCGAGGGAGAACGUGGCGGCGACGACCUCGGAGCUGCUGCAGGUGUGA